CCAGACCGAGCUAAGAUGGCGACCGUGGAACCGGUGAGUGCCUCGUUCCCGCUCGCCGCACGCCGCUCCCCCGCGCCCCGCCGCCCCCUCCUUUCCGCCCGCCGCCCCUAUUCCUUCCGCCGCCGUUCCCCGGCCGGGCCGCGCGGUGCCGGGCCGGGGGCGGGCGGGGCGGCGGGGCCGGCGCGGGGCGCACGCACGCACGCACGGCGCCGGGGGGAGGGGAGCGCGGCGCGGAGAGGCGGCGGGGCCGCGGGCCGCGGCGGCGCCCUUUGUGCCGGGCCUGGGGCGGGCGGGGGCCGCCGGGAGGAAACCACUCCCAACCCUCAACCUUCAGAAGAGGAGAAAACCGAGCCAGCGCCUACUCAGGAGGUUGCCAGCCCUGAACAGUAUAUUAAGCAUCCACUACAAAACAGAUGGGCGCUCUGGUUUUUUAAAAAUGACAAGAGCAAAACUUGGCAAGCAAAUCUUCGUCUGAUUUCCAAGUUUGAUACUGUUGAAGAUUUUUGGGCUUUAUACAACCAUAUCCAGCUCUCUAGUAAUUUAAUGCCUGGUUGUGACUACUCGCUGUUUAAGGAUGGGAUUGAACCCAUGUGGGAAGAUGAGAAAAACAAGCGAGGAGGCCGAUGGCUAAUUACACUAACCAAACAGCAGAGACGAAGUGACCUUGAUCGCUUCUGGCUAGAGACACUGCUGUGCCUUAUUGGGGAGUCAUUUGAUGACUACAGCGAUGAUGUAUGUGGUGCUGUUGUUAAUGUUAGAACUAAAGGUGAUAAAAUAGCAAUAUGGACAACUGAAUGUGAAAACAGGGAUGCUGUUACGCAUAUAGGGAGAGUAUACAAGGAAAGAUUAGGACUUCCUCCAAAGAUAGUGAUUGGUUAUCAGUCCCAUGCAGACACAGCUACUAAGAGCGGCUCCACCACUAAAAAUAGGUUUGUUGUUUAAGAAGACACCUUCUGAGUAUUCUUUCAUAGGAGACUGCGUCAAGCAAUCGAGAUUUGGGAGCUGAACCAAAGCCUCUUCAAAAGCAGAGUGGACUACAUUUAAAUUUGAUUUCCAUCUAAAUGUUGCUAAGAUUUGUGAGAAGUCUAAUUCGCCUUUGUCUUGUACUUCUGUGUUCAUUUUUUUUUCUAUUUUGGCUGAAGUAACCAUUACCAAUCAGAAUUUUAGUACACCCCCCUGAGUCAUAAAUGUUUUCCUGGCCCACUCUGUAAUAGCUUGAUAGAAACAUUACUAUUACAAAAAAACAUUUGUUUAUCCACAGUAUUCAGAAAAGUUGCAUUUCUGUACCUGCAGGAAAUUACUCUGUUUUACAUUUGCAUUGUAUGCAGUAACAUUUUGCUGGUUUGGAAAAGAGUAUGGUGCAUACAGUUUUCUAGCAAUUUUUUUAUACAGCAUCACCUUUGCUGUAACCUAUGCUGAUGGCUGCUAGAUUAAUUUAUUUGUUUUCCCUAUUUGAUAACAUUAGUGAUAUAUUGAUUUCAGUUGUUUUUGCUCAUGUAACAUUGGUGAAGAAUCUGGGAAUAUGACAAAGGUGGAAUAAACAUUAAUUUUGUGCAUUCUUUGGUAAUUUUUUGUUUUUUUAACAUCGAAGCUUUGAUACAAAUUUAUGCAUUUCAGUCAAAUUCAGUGAUCUGUUUGUGUGAUUUCCUAAUCAUAAUUGUGGAUUUUUUUUUAAUGUAACACCAUAAUUUACAUUCCUUACUAGAAAUAGUAUGUCUGUUUUUGUAUCUUAUGCUGUAUUUUAACACUUUGUAUUACUUAGGUUAUUUUGCUUUGGUUAAAAUGGCUCAAGUAGAAAAGCGGUCCCAUUCAUAUUAAGACAGUGUACAAAACUGUAAAUAAAAUGUGUACAGUGAAUUGUCUUUUAGACAACUAGAUUUGUCCUUUUAUUUCUCCAUCUGCACAGCAAGUAUUUGUACUUCUUGUGACAAGGCAGUCUCUGCUGUGGCUUCUCUUGUAGUGUCUUCCAAGAAAGAUGAGUCUGGAGCUAUGGUUUAUUGAAACUUUUACUAAAUCCAUUAGAUAGCACCCUAAAUGAAAGUGAAGUUAUAUUGAUGUGGCUACUGUUUUCUCUUAGCGAUUGGUCUAACUGAUCAUGGUUUGCACAGUUUCUCUUUUGACUUUGGUGCAUACCAGGAAAUUUGGAGGUACUUAAGAGGCCAUCUGGUCACAGUAGAAGCUCUGAAGUGAAUGGUUCUAUUAUACGUAUAUAAUUGCUGUGUGAAAUAAAAGUCAAGAGCACUAGAGAAAUGGCAACAAAACAAAUGUAUGAGGAACUAGACAGUCUGUUUUGCAUGUCUUACUGUGAAACAAAACUUUGGUCUGAAAGUUCCUGUGGGAGCUGCAGGUUAGUUUGACGUGCAGGAUUAGGGGAGAAUUUUGGAGAAGGCCACUGAGUUCAAUUCUCAUUUUGAGUACAAUACUAGAACCUUUUUUCUGUAUAAAAGUAGAGCAUACAGCAAAUCAGUGUUGUGGUGUUCUUAAUUUUUAGUCCUUUAGGAUCUUAACAGGACUAUAUAGCUCUUUAAACUUAAAGGCAGAUGUGUAUUGGUUUGUUGGUCUUGAAUUAAAUUCCUUAAAGCAAGUUUAGUCACUCACUGGUGAUGAAGCUUUAGUUGAGUUAGGCUUUUUGGUCUGCCUCUGAUUAAGUAUUUCUACAUGCGUAGGUAGACUUAAACACUUUCUUGCACAUUUUAUAAGAAAGUAGUGCAUUAGAUAAUACCAAAAAGACAUUACAUUAGCUUCUGAAUCUAUCUAAAAAGAAACACGUAGCAGGUUUCUGUAUCUCGUGACAUCUAAUGAUACUAUGCCUUCAGUAGUGGUCAUUAACUAGGAUGGGCGUUGAAGGUGGGGAGCACCAUUAGGCUGUUUGUAUGCUGGUUUCUGUAGAUUCUGGUGUUACUGUUUGCCUGCCCUGAUUCAGCAGGAUUGUAGAGCGAGAUGAGUUUGUUUUAUAGGGCCAUUCAUAGUAUAUAGUAAUCUCUACCUGUUUUCAGACUUACUACUUCAGUAGUCAUCUUUUCAAUUAAAGUAAGCUCAAAUUAAGUCUCUUUAAACCAUUUCUGUUCUGUAUCGUAACCCCCAAGAUGAGUAAAGUUUAUAAUAGCUUUGACACUUCCUAAUAAGCUAGUAUUUAUCCUAAAUAAGUAAGACUUGCAUGCAUGGAAAGGUUAAGGUGAAUCGGUUUCUUGAGUGGUAACGUUAGUGUGUUUAGGUACAUGUAAUUUGGGAGCACUGGAUCUAGGCUAAUUCUAAUUCAAAAACGUAGGUAGCACUGUCCGUCUGUGAAGAGCUUCAAGUUUAAAUUGAAUGCUCUUGUGAGAAGGAUAUAGUGUUGUUUAAUUUCACUACAAGACUGAAUUGAAUAUUGUCCAAGGUAGCUGCAUUUGCUCACCUAGGAAGGUGACUGAUGGUAUUUUCAGUGUGGUCUCAAAUUUCUGAGCCUGAGCCUACUUAAGAAGCCAACUGACUUGCACCAUAGUUUGAAAAGUUGCAGUAGGUUGAUUUGAAGCUUUUCAUUGCUGAAAUAUCAAUUGCUGUGUUUCUAGGAGACUCGAGUGAAAAUCAAAUUACAUAUUUACUUUAUCAAAUAUCUAACCUAUGCCUGUGAUUUCUUGCCAGAAAGUAAUAAGUGACCAUGAACCUCAUUCUCUCAAACUUGCCAAUUGUUUUGUGCUGCAUAAUGUUGUUAUGAUGGUGUAGUCUGUAUUCUUACAGGAUACCAUGGGAGAAACCUGAGAGCUGUCCAUUCUGUGUAUUAAUAAAACAGCCACUGCCUUACAGAACAAGAGGCAGUAGACACUUAAAUUUGUUUAAAUAACUAGUUUUGUACAAAGUAUUUAAUGUCAUUAAACUCUGACAACAGCUAACCAUUUACCUAAAUGUGUUUCAGUAAGCCUGAGAAGACUGGACAAUAAAUGUCUGAAGUGUCUAUUUUGAAGUGUUUUUAUAUGGUACAAAACCAGCAAAGCAAGGAAAGAAAAAAAAAAUGACUGUGUUCAAAGAGGUGCAUGAAUGUGCCAAGAUACAGCCUGGGAAGAGGGGAUUAAAGAUCAGGAGUACAUAUGAAUCAACAGCUUCUGGGUCUCCUGUAAGUCUUGGAAUAGGCAGUGCUUUUCAUUAUCCCUUUCUUGUCCCUUUGUAGCUUCACUGUCUUGUUUCAGACUGUCUCUAGCUCAGGAAAACUAAUUUUUUACUGAGUUGAUCAAAUUGUGGGAAUUUGUAGUCGUCUUUUUUUUUCUUAGAGCUUAAACUGAGCUUAAAACUUCUACGUAACAGAAUGAUGUCUUGUCCUACACAAAGGCUGAGAAAAAUACUCCAUGGGACCUUUAAUAAAAGCAAAAACAUUAGGUUUGAACCUAGUAAAGUGAUAUGGAUCAUCUUUGGUAUAUGUAACCAACCUUGUUUAUAAGAAGCUUUACAUUUGAGUCUGGACCUGAUGGUUUUAAAACCAGGUUUUUAAAGGACAUCCUGCACUGGCAAGAACUAAACAAUGUGGUUGAGCCUUCUGGUGAGACUCAUAGAGCUUUCAGGCUGCCUGGUCCUUAGUCUUAGAUGUUUUCCGUAUGAAUCCACUACCCUCUUAAGAACAGUCAAUGGUUUCUACAAUUUUCAGUGAGUAGCUUUUAAUUAGGUCUCACAGAGUUCUUAUGGAGAAUGCGUGCCUUCUCAUAUCCAGCAAGACGUCUUCAUUUUUGGGAACUGAGGCUGUGUGGCAAGAGUCUACUUUGCUUAGAUGACUUGUUGAUAUUCUCCACUACAGCUAUACUCUCCACAUCCCCAUCUCUCAGCUACCAGUUAUCUGAAAGUGACACCACAGUAGUCCUGACCAUUUUGUUUCAAGAGUCUAUCCCAGCCAGGUGAGCGGGAGCGCAAGCUGUGGAUCCAACCAGUCUUAGCUGUCCAAUGCAAUCUGCUAUCCAACCCACCUGCUGAACCUCCCCAUUACCAUUUCAAAGCUCCAGAAGCUGCUGAAAUUUGAAGACUUUGCAUUUUGAUCUCUACAGUGUAGCUGCUUGAACGGAAUCUCUGCCCUUUAUCUGUGGAAGUUUUGUAUUCUGCCAGAACUUGUUAGCAGGCAUCUAGCUCUGCAACAAAGCCUUUAAUAAGCACUUAAAUUCCUUUCCAUAUAAUUCCUUUCCAUGGUCAUUUCUGCUUCUGCUCAUGCCUUGUGGCUGCCUGGCAUUUUCCCAAAGGGCCACGGGAUGCCCCAUAAGCCUUCCUGUUUAGAAAUAAAGCAGAUUCUGAUGUCCAGAGAGUUAAAUGUGAAUUGUGACUGAACACGAUGAUUGUUUUGUUUCCCAGCACUUUUAGUGUGAUGCCUUAAAUGUAAAAACAACCUAGCUGAAGUCAGUCUGUUGGUAUCAGUUGUGUGCUGAACUCAGUUUUCUUAUCCCCUGCCAGUACUGAGCCCGUGACAAACUUAACACGAGUAGGUGAGGUUUAUGACUGCCUGUACUUUUCCCAUUUCUUUUUUUUUUCUAAAAUGUUUUAAACUAAAGGUGUAAAGAUUACGGAGUCCAGUCACUGCUUUUUUGGUCACUACAAUGUGUGGAAUUCCAGCUGUUGCUGACCCCCCCCCGGAUAAAGACUGUGACUUCUUUGGCAUGGUCUACUUAUGGGGUUUUCACUUCUCUUUUUUUUUUUUAGUCAUGUAUGAUAAUAAUGGAAAUGAUACUUGAAAGUAUGUGUGUGAAUAUAUCAUAUAAAAGCAAAAAUGACUCAUCUAUUUUUUCUAUUUUCCAGAGUAGAAUACCGUUAUUUCUGAAAGGUUUCUUUGGAUGACUUUCUGUAAUUAAUCUUGGGUUUUGCUUAUAGUGGAUAGUUUAGAUCUCUCUCUUUUUCCUUAUGUUUUGUCUAUUACUGUUACGUUAUCGAAGAGUUGAAGCCAACCUUACAUCUAAGGUUUGGCAUUUUUGGAACUAGAGCUGUGUUUUGUUGGAGCCUUUUCUUUCCUAUGUACAGGGUAGUUAUCUUAGUGCAUUUCACCCUGAGCCAUAUAAAUAUGCAGAAAGUUUGAUGACCAAUUUAAAGGUGGUACUUUAUUUCUGUAGCUUGAAUGAAAAUAAAGCUUCUGAGGAACUGAA